AUGGCAACUCUUGGUGAAGUUCAAGCGCUGGUUCAAAAGGUAUGUGCACCUCUCGCACUUGCGAUAAAUAUUCUACUGAUAUAUUUGAUUCUCCGUCAUUCUCCAAAAUCUCUGGGCUUCUACAAAUACUUAAUGAUCUACAUUGCUCUUUUUGAGAUGAUAUACGCUAUUGUUGAUAUCAUAUCAGCACCUGAUUUGUAUUGCUUUGAUUCCAUGUUUCUUGUCAUUACUUUCUAUGAGAACAGUAGUCUGCCUAGGUGGAUAUAUAAGGUGAUAAAUGUAGUAUUUUGCACAUUUUUCGCAGUUUCCAUGGCCAUAUUUGCUCUUCAUUUUAUUUACCGAUAUUUGGCAGUUUCGGGGAGCUCGUAUGUAAAAUCGUAUUCUUUUGGAAAAUCUUUUGUGUGGUUUUUCUCCCCGAUUCUUUAUGGAAUUUUCUACGCAACAGCCAUAGAAUUUACACUGAGCGAGAAUGAAAAGACUAAUAUGGUUUUAAGAAAGACGUACCUAUCAAAUCGAACAUUGAAAGUGGAAAAUUUAAUCUAUAUAGGGCAAAAUUAUUGGUUCACUGAUGAGAAGGGCAACGUGGCUAUAAAUUUGAUGAGUUGGUUUGGAAUUGCAGUUCCUAUAUUUACAGUGAUUUUAUCAUCGUCCACAAUGCUAAUUUUCGGGACACUUAGCUAUCGAGCAGUGGCUUCUUUUGCCAAAAACACGAGCAACUCAAAACAAUAUCACUCGAUGCAACUUCAACUUUUGAAUGCAUUAGUUUUGCAAGCACUAAUUCCAGUUUUUCUGAUGCAACUCCCAUCUUUUAUUGCGUUCACUUCACCAAUAUUUCACAAAGGAAAUGAGAUGGCUGGAGCAGUACUUGGAAUUGCAGUGGCGUUGUAUCCAGUUUUGGAUCCACUGCCAACCUUAAUAAUUAUCAAGAAUUUUCGGAAUGCUUUGUUCAAACCUUGUACACGGAAGAAGAUCUACGCCGUUCAACAAGAAACUCCUAUAGCAACAACAUCACAAUCUGUUAAAAUUGUAAAAUCAAUUUAAUUUUUAAUUUUAUUGUUAAGUUCAACUUUCCAACCCCGCAAAAUUUUUUGUUUUUUCAUGGGUUCUUUGCCAGACUUUUCAUGUUUUAUCUUUCGUUUUUUUUUCUGAAUUCUUGAAUUU